AUGGGAAAUUCAAUAGUCUUCCUGGUGAUAAUGUUGAGCAAGCAGAUUCGUAGCACGGUGAACUUCUUCCUUGCAAACUUGGCUCUGGCGGAUCUGUUUGUCGGCGUCUUCUGCAUCAUCCCCAAUCUCAUCUCCGCCCUCAAUCAAGAGUUCAUUUCCGGUUGGUUCACCUGCAAGACAUACUUCUUCGUUCGAAGCCUCAACUACUCCGUUUCCAUUCUCAUCCUCACCAUCGUCUCCCUCGAACGCUACUUCGUAAUCGUCAACCCGAUCUUGAGUCGUCGCUUCGCCAACAACUUAACGAUCCGAAGUCUGAUCAUCAGUGGUGUCUGGGUCAUAUGUAUUCUCUACGCUCUGCCCUAUUUUCUUAUUUACAACUACCAGUGCUCUAUUGUCAACUCGAUUAAUGUCAGUGAAGUUAUUGCAGAUUUCAAUGAGAGUUUGGUGAACUUGUCGAGCAAUUUUGGAAAUAAAAAUGGAGAUUUUGGUGAAUUUUUGGGUCACUCGCCAUCUCUCGUUCAUUUUCAUCACCAUGGUGGUAAUACGAGUGACUCGUUUGUUGAUGCUAGAGGCGAUAGCAGUGGAAAUGAUGAUGCUGGUGAUGGUGAAGACGAUGAUGGUAGUCACAACAAGACAGUUGAUGGUGAUGGUGGUGGUGAUGGAGAAGAAGUUUAUUGUUAUUGUCUGCCAACACAUGAAUACAUUCAGGAGGUUUACAGCAUAAUAGAUUUCACGUGCUUCUACGUCGUUCCACUCGUCCUCAUGAGCAUUGUCUACAUUAGGAUUUCGCGCGUACUUUGGAGUUCAGAAAUUCUCCAACUACAACUUUCGUCGACAACAGCCACAACAUCAGCCAGGGCUACUUCAACAGCAAGGGCAGCUACUACAGCAGCCACGAUGCUUACCGUUGCUGAUAACGCUAACGUCAACGUCGUCAAACCACAGCAAAAACAACACCACCAACAACAACAACAGCCACAUGAGUACAAGUCAUCGUAUCAAUGUUCUACAAAGAAGAACAUUGACGGUGUUAAUUUAGCUGCUGAAAAAGCUUCAAGAGAUGGUUUCGAUGAUAUUGUUGAAUGCGCCGCUGAAAAUUAUUGCCCCGGGAAUGAAAAGAAAUUAUUUGGUCGAGAAAAUUUUCUGACGAGCACCGCGAAACUUUUCAAGAAACGUCAUAGAGGCGUUUCUAACGUUCAUUCAUCAGAACGCACGAACCCAGAGCAAGUACACAUGCACUUGAUUACUAAUACAUCUGUCCGUGUUUUCAGUGCAAAUGAAUAUAAGAAGGACGUUCAACCUUGCGUUCAAAAGCCACAACAACAACUGUUGUUCGAACAACAAAAUUUUCGAAAGAAUGGUGAGCCCAAGCAGCAGAGUCACCGCGCAACGAAGAGGAACAUGAUAUUCAGCCAGCAACACAAAAAGCAACACUUGAAACACCAGCAACAUCAGCAGCAGCAUAAGCCACAAAACGAUUUCAAUUCCGCCGACACUUCGAGUAGCAGCUGUGGUCAGCCCUCCCUCAAAAACAGCAACAGCAACAGGACUAACAACAACAAAAAACACAUCUCCCGGUUUUCACUAUCGCAAUGCUUUAGCCGCUUGCACAAAAGAAACAAAAUAAGAAGGAACGACCAAUUCAAGGAGUCCUUCAUCUCCACUUCGUCUGCAGAACAGCGCACAGGAGCCACAAAAACAUGCGCGUUUGAAGCUUCUCCCCAUUCUACCACCGCCAACAACUACACAAAACUACCAUCGGAGUAUCGAUUCCAAGCUCCCAAGAAACCCUUCACAUCAAGUUUUUCAUCGUCAGUCAAGUCCUCAACGAAUGUCAACAAGCCGUCAAUGCGAGCGCGUCAGAAAGUUGUGCGGCUGUUGAUCGCGAUGGUCUCCAUGUUUGCUCUUUGCAUGCUGCCGGAGCACCUUUAUUUCAUCAUUAAGAAGUUUGUCUUCAUUGAAAAUUUCACCGUCGACUUCUGUUUGCUGUUGUUUCUGAGAUUACUCUUCUGCAGCUAUAGCGCCAUCAAUCCCAUUCUCUACUCCUUACUCUCUCGCAAAUUCAGAAAAGUUCUCUGCUCCAGGUGCGCUAAAUAUUAACUUAUUAAAUUUAAGAAGCAGAGAUGACCAAAAGAGGAAAAUUUGUAUUUUGGUGUUGCCGCAAUGUCGUCUGCACCUUUGUAGAGAGGAGUUUCAGUUGUUAACUCGAUAAAUAUUGAGGUAUUAUUGAAUUUCCAGACAAUGAGUUUAAAAAAAAAUUUUUUUUUCAUGCUCGAUUUACAGACAGAUUACUACUUAAAAACAAUAGACUGGACAUCGUUAUUUUGUUUCUACCAUCGUAUAAUUUAUUAUUCGUGUUGUGUUUGUACGCCAUUUGAACAAGAAAAUUUUUUAAAAGAUUUGUUGUUUUUGCUCCACAAUCCUACAUACUACAGUUACAGUUCUGAAAUAUUAUUUAGAAAUAUUAUGGAAUAAAUAUAAAAUAAAUUGAGU